AUGACAAAAGCUACGGUCGCGACGCACAGCGUGCCCAACACACGCCAGACGGUCAUCGACACCGAGCAUGGCCCUUUCCAGGUGAUGGUCUCGUGGCCGCUCGACUGGCACGCCGACGGCACGCCCAAAGACGCUGCGGAGGACGUGGCGGCCGUCCCCGUCAUUUUCGUCCUCGACGGCAAUGCGUACUUUCUGUCGGCCACCGACAUUGCGCGGCGGCAGCAGUAUGAGGCCAAGAGAAAGUCCAUCAUCGUCGCCAUCGGCUACCCCGACGCGGAGACGGAGACGGUGUACGUGCCCGCGCGGCGGUCGUUUGACCUCACGCCGCCCGCCAAGAAGGGCCUGCCGCAAUGGCCCGUCAAGGACGCGGACGGCCGCGAGGUGACGGACGGCGACGGCCACCCCGUGUACAUGAAGCUGGGCGGCGCGGCGACGUUCCACGCGACCCUGGUCGACGUCAUCAUCCCGCUGCUGUCGCGCGAGCUGCUGCCGUCGCUGCCCGCGUGGGACCGGCUGGCGACGCGCGUGCUGUCGGGCCACUCGUUUGGCGGGCUGUUCACGCUGUACGCGCUGUUUACGAGCCCGGGGCUGUUUGACGUCUACAUGGCGGCGAGCCCGUCGAUUUGGUUCAACGACGCGUCGAUUGUGGCGGAGCAAGAAGCCGCGUUCCUCGGCCAACCACCGCCCGCGGCGGCCGACGGGCGGCAAAAGCCCGUGCUGUACCUCAACUCGGGCACGGGCGAAGAGCUCGACGUGCUCCCCAAGCCGGACGACACGGACGCGACGUUCAAGGAACGGCAGGACUUUUUGGCGGAGAAGCACAUGUGCACAAACACGCGGGCCAUGGCGGCGCGGCUGCAAAAGACGGAGCACUUUGCCGACGUGUGGCUGCAAGAGUUUGCGUACGAGGACCACAUGAGCGCGGCGGUCGUGGCGCUGCAGCGGGGCAUGAACAAGCUGCACCGCGAGUGGUGGGUGGGCAAGUAA